AUGGUAAAAGUUUCUUUCUCGGGUGUGAAGGUGAAUGUUGUGGUCUGCGAGAAGGCUUUUGACACGCUGAGCAUCUAUUACAUUUCAAACACUGCGUCACGGAAUGCUAUCGAUGAAAGCGUCCUGGGAUGUUGGGCUGGAUACUGCAAAUACAGCGACGGUCGUUACGAAACCUUUGAUCGCAGGCAGGCAAUCCGUAUGUUUAGAGCCCAACGACGGGCUCGAGAAGGUUGUCUUGUAAGAUGUCUGUCUUUCGAGCCCUCUACCUCGCUCUUGCCACUGCGGCAAUUGCUUGAAAGUCAACAAGCAGAUAAUUCUGUCAACCAACUCUGGUUGACCGACCGACUUUGGGAGCUUUGCAUGUCGCAUGGUCUACUCCUCGAUUCCUCUCACCACGCGGAACUAAGAUUGGACUUUGCAUACCAUGUUGCCAAUGAACUGCUCUCGGUCUGCGAUAUUCUAAGUCUAGCUUCAACGGAGGUCCACGGAGUCGGGUUCAUUGAAAAAGUGUACGAUAUCGCCAUGAGUCUGGUCAAAGCAAUGAGUUCUUCAACGCAGAUGACACUCGACUCAAGUUUCACUAGCCCUGAUUUCUUCUCAGAUGAAGCUUCAACCUCUUGUGUUACAGUCAAGGUGCUUCUAAGCCGGCUGCACGAACUCAUCCAAAACUUUCGUGGUGGCGAUCACGAGUAUGCGUCCAAGAUUGCGAUUGCUUUGAGCAGCAUACCUGGAUACGAUACUUCCGCGUAG